UGCUUUAUUCUUAAAACAUUUUUAUUAGUCAUGUUCAUGUCUAAAAAACUGUGUGAACAUCCAAAGGGCCUCAAGCAGCAGCUGAUCCAGAAGCUGCUGUACUGCACAGGAGAAAUGGAACAUUUCCAAAAGUACAUGCAGGAUCAGGCUUUCCUCAUCCAGCUGCUGGAGUGGUUAUUGCGAGGUGUCUCUGGUGUGAUCAUGGUGAAUAACCCUUUGAGUGGAAUUCUGAUUCUUAUAGCUUUGUCAAUUGCCAGUCCCUGGCAGACCCUACUUGGAAGCCUAGGACUCUUUUCCUCCACAGUCAUGGCAAUCCUCAUUGGACAGGAAAGAGCAGAGGUUUCCAGAGGUGAGCACGGUUAUAACGGGAUGCUGGUGGCUUUAUUGAUUGGUGUAUUCAGCAGUGCAGGAGAAUGGUACUGGUGGCUGCUUCUGCCUGCAUGUCUCGCUGGAGCUGCAACUACCUUUUUACACAGUGGCAUGGCUGCUGUGUUGGACAAAUGGGAAUUGCCUGUAAGUGUGUUCCCCUUUAACACUGUCCUGCUGCUGUAUUUGGCCUGCACCGGUAUUGAAAACCCAUACUUCCCUAACCAUCCAGCCCUGCCACUGGGAGCAGCACUGAGCAUCAAUAGCACACAUGUCGACAUACCUCAGCUCAUGCAGGGUAUAGUGUUGGGAGUGGGCCAGAUCUAUGCUUGUGAUGCUGUGGGGUCCUCCCUAAUCAUUCUCUCAGCUGUGAUGCUAUACUCUCCAGUCCUGGCUUUUCAUGCAUUGCUAGGAUCAAGUCUUGGUGUACUGGCAGGUCUUUCUGUUGCAGUGCAGCAGGAUGCUUUAUACACAGGCCUGGCCAGUUUUAAUGGCGCUCUGGGCUGCAUGGCUGUUGGAGGGCUUUUAUUCACAUUAAGCUGGAGAACUCAUGCCUUCUCCAUUAUUUGUGCCUUCCUCUCUUCUUAUGCAGACAUUGCCUUGAGCAAUCUGCUGGCAAAUGUGGGUCUCCCUUCCAGCAGCUGGGCUGCGACACUAACUAUCAGUCUUAUGCUGUUAGUGAGUGGGCGGAGUCUCUCCACAUACCGCAUUGCUAUUGGCCAAGACAGCUCAUCUGGAGGCCCUCUACAUACGCCUAGCCAGAGUGCUGAGACUAAUACAGACAGUAGUUCUGCUUGACACAAACACAUACACACAUACACACACGUUCUCUCUCUCUCUCUCCCCCUCUUUCUCUCCCCCUCUCUCUCUCUUUCUCUCUCUCUCUCUCUCUCUCUCUCAUUCUCACAGUGAACCAUGUUUAUUAAUAGUAUCAGGUCCACACGUUUUCUUUACAAACUAUGUAUCAUUGCUCUUCUGAAACCUCUGAUAAAUUCAUUCCCCACUUAGUCUGCAAUAGAAAGCAAUUCUUAAGAUAGGACCUGUGUGGGCAGCCUGAUAUAGCUCAUCAACUUCACUGCUGCUAACACUGUCCAAAAAUAUAAUUGAGACAAACUGAUUUUACUGCUCUCUGUGUGACGUCCCGUUCUCAUCCACCCACCCACAGUGCGUUUCCACAGCCUGAUCCACUGUUACCACUGAUCUUCCGAUUUAAAUUAUGCAGGUCAUCACAGGGCAAGGUAGAAAAGAUAUCUCAACAUUAUUGGUAGAAUGUGUUGGAUUCUAAGCUGAAACAUUUCUAAAGGCAGAAAAUAUUGGUGCAAUAGCAAUAUGCAUAUCGAUCUGUCAUUUCGAAUUGUGUCUAGUUGGUAUGCAAUUGUAGCUAUUUCAGCUAUGUCUGGAGGAAAAGUAAAACAUUCCUUAUUUACAAUGGACCCAGUGUAAUAUUGCACAGUGGGUUUGAGGCCUCACUUGACUGCAAGUUUUCAG